AUGAUUUCACAGUUACUACAAUUUCUCUUCCUUGCAAUUUUAGGGGCUAAUUUGGUAGAUGCAAAAUGGCUAUCUGUCAUCCCAAAUGCUCCAGUCAGAAGCAUAAGUAAAGUGUUUGGUAUCCCCACUUGGUUAUCUCAUAUUGAAGAUUAUGAUGAUGAUGCUAUGAACGCAACAACCGUAUUUUCCGUCGUUUGUAUCGCUGUAUCUACAGUGUAUGCUUUGUACUACCUUGCUUUUAUAUACGUACCCACACAGGCUCGUGGUCGACAAUCGAUUGGUCCUUUCAAUACACUUGUUAUGCUUUACUUGAUCGCUACCUUCUUUGCCACAUUUUCGUUCUCUGUAAUGAGCGUAGGUAGAAUUUGGGCUUCGUUCGGUGUAUUUCAUAAUUUGUUUGAAAUCGCGUUGUUGUCACAUAUUAUGUUUCGUCAAAAGUCAAUUAUGCAAAGACGUUUUGUAGCCACUUGCUUUAUCUAUUUAUUAUUGACAAUGUUUAUUGUAAUUAUCGCACCAUGGCCUUUAGAUGCUCUUUUCUUCAAAUUCCAAGGAUUAGCAACCGAUUUCUCCCUAAGUAUUGAUUUGGGUAGAUUAUAUUAUCAUAACAAAUCCAUUCAUCGUAAAGCCAGCGUCGGUACAAUGAUUCCAUCCAGCGACGAUGAAGAGGAUUCGGAUGAGUACACAAAAGAGUGUGAUCUAUUGAUACAACAAUUACAGCAGCAGCAAGUUGAGCAAGAAAAGCAAAUGGAUGCCGACCCAAAGAAAGCCAUGUCCAUGAUGGUACCAGUUCAUAAAAAUAUAUCUGUCUUGUACACAGCAGCCCUUUUACACGCUGUUGGAAACGCUUUAGUUACAUUUUCCAACCAUUUUUACUUGUGGAUCAUCUUCCAGUUUAUCUAUGCUAUCUCAUUCCCCAUGUACGCAUAUUACUGUAUUGCCGAACCCAAUGCAAGCCGCGUAAGCUUCUAUAAAGUUGAUUAUGCCAAGGAAGCCCUCGUUAUGGUGAUGGGAGCAACAUUAGCAGGUGUGAGCAUUGCUGUCGGUAUAUAUAAUUCAGGAAUUAAACUUUAA